CCAAAACCCCAUGACCCAAAUUCCCAUAUAAAUUUUUCCAAGUCGACCAUGGGAGUCUUAUCUCUGUCUCUGUUAUUGCAACUUUGUUCCGUUUUUCCUAAAUGUCUCGCUUUCUCCGCUUCUUGCUUUUCUCUCUGUUCUUUCUUCUCCUGCUCGUCUCCGUUUUCGCCCACAGUGGCCACCACGAUGAAGACGGCGGUGGCGAUGAUGAUGCUGGGGGAUCUGACGGUGACAGGCAUGAUCUACGAUCACGACCGUUGAUUCUGGCUAAAAUUUGGUGUUUGAUUGUGAUAUUCUUUGCCACGUUCAUUGCUGGGGUUUCACCGUAUGUGAUGAGAUGGAACGAGGGGUUCUUGGUUUUGGGGACUCAGUUUGCCGGGGGUGUGUUUCUGGGCACUGCGAUGAUGCAUUUUCUGAGCGACGCCAACGAGACGUUCGAGGAUCUGACUCGGAGAGAGUAUCCCUUUGCGUUCAUGUUGGCUUGUUCCGGGUAUUUAAUCACCAUGAUGGCUGAUUGCGUGAUUGCCUCCAUCUUUGCGAAGCAGAGCAGUAAUGGGACUGGUGUUGGGGCUGAUGUUGAGUUUCAAGGUGCUGAGGCAGGCAAGGGUAGCAGCAAUGGUUUAACUUCCCAAUCGCAGCACCAGGUCCAUGAUGCCAGGACCGCCCACAACCUUGCAAACCCUGCUUUGACAUCUGCCAGUUCUUUCGGAGACACCAUAUUGCUGAUAAUCGCUCUGUGUUUCCAUUCUGUAUUUGAGGGCAUAGCAAUUGGAGUUGCAGAGACAGAAGGCAAUGCGUGGAAAGCUUUAUGGACAAUCUCUCUGCACAAGAUAUUUGCAGCGAUAGCCAUGGGCAUAGCUCUCCUCAGAAUGAUCCCAAAUCGUCCCUUGCUAUCCUGUGCAGCCUAUGCUUUCGCAUUCGCUAUCUCCAGCCCGAUCGGCGUCGCCAUCGGGAUCAUAAUCGACGCCACGACUCAAGGCCGUGUCGCAGACUGGAUCUUCGCCAUUUCCAUGGGUCUCGCUUGUGGAAUCUUCAUUUAUGUAUCAAUAAACCAUCUAUUGGCAAAGGGGUACAUGCCUCAGGACCCUACCAAGGUUGACACACCAGGAUUAAAGUUUCUGGCAGUUUUUUUGGGCAUCGGAGUUAUAGCAGUUGUCAUGAUCUGGGACACCUGACAAAGUCGUUCUAAGGCAAGAAGCAUUUAUUAUUAUUAAUAUUAUUAGUUGUAGUAAUAGAAGGAAGAGGGAUUUACAGUAAAACGUGAGUAAAGUGUAAGAUUUAAAGUUAUAUUUUUACUUAUUAUUAUUAAUAUAUAUAGAAGGAACAAAGAGUAUUGUUAGAACUUAGAAGCUAAAAUUUCUGUAUGCUGGGAAAUAGGGUGAAGUUUUAGAAAUUUUCUUACAUACGAGCUUGUAUCUAUAAGAAUCCAAAACUCAAAACAAUACAAGACGAGAUCAAUCGUGAGUUUGUUUCUAAAUAAA